AUGACACCACAUGGAAUAAUUCGAAGAGGUAUCUGUUCCAAUUAUUUACAGCAAACAACACCUAAAUUAUCGUCUAAUGGGCAACCAAUUCAAGCAGUAUGGCAACGUAAACCAAGCUUGGUACGAUUGUUUAUAUCGCCUAAUCCACAUUUUCGAUUACCAGACCAAGAACAUUUGUCACUGAGUGUGACAUCAAAGGUGGUUACUGAUGUGCCCUUGAAUUCUCCACUCUUAAUGUUCGCAAUUGGCUCUGGUAUUGCACCAUUUCGAUCGUUCUGGCAAGAGUUACAAUUACUGGAAGGUUCACAAGGAAGAGUCAACAUUGAACGUAUUUUGUUUAUGGGUUGUCGAAGUGAAAACGAUUUUCUUUAUGCAGAAGAACUCAAAGCCCUUACCAGUAAAACAGGCAAAACUAACAAACUUAUAACAGCCGUUAUACCAGUAUACUCACGAGAAAAUGGUGUUAAUAGACGACAUGUUCAAGAUGCAAUGUUAGACUACGAAAGUAUGAUUUAUUCAUUGCUAACUGAAAAAAAUGCUGUUGUAUACAUGUGUGGAUCGACUCGUGCUUGUCAAGGUAUCGAAUCAACAUUAGCAUCGAUUAUAGAAUCAUGUAGUGAAAACAAUUUAACAUUAAUGCAAGCGAAUAAUAUUAUCCAAGAAUACAAAGCUUUAGGUAGAAUCAAACAAGAUAUGUUUGGUUAA